AACACUGUAAACCACCACAUAAUGACUACAGCACAAUUAGACUCAGAAAAGCCCGGCAAUGAAGCAUUAAUAUCCACAGCAGAGCAACUCCUGUCAUUGAUUGAGUCACUAAUCGAACUAGGUGUGUUGGUUCAUGACAACCAAGGUACACCCCAAUCGCACACAGCCCUGACACACAAGGUCAACCAAAUCAUUAGUCAAUUGUCAGGAUUGACUUCCAGCCCAUACACGAACCAGUAUCCUGUUCCUGUUGAUGUUAUUUCAUACAUUGAAGACGGAAGAAAUCCCGACAUUUACACUCGUGAGUUUAUUGAGGUUACAGCUAAGAGUAAUGCGCGCUUGAAGGGGAAAAUGGAGGCAUUUGCUAAAUUGAGAGAUGUGUUGGGGGACAAGUUGGGCAAGGAGUUUCCUGAGUUGGUUGACAGUAUUGGUGAUAUAAAGAGAAGGACUACUGUGCAAGAAAAUGAUCAGUAGGAAGGCACCCCACCUAGUAAGAGACACGACAUGACACAACACAACUCAACACAACUCGACACAACUCGACACCUGUUUCAAAUCAGAAUCUGCCAACGCCGAGAAUAAAACUACUGUUCUUGAUAGUCUAAUUUGUAUAAAGCUGGUUCGAAAAGGUUAAAGUACGCACAUUUGGCUGGAAACACCUUUUCCUAAACAGGUAAAUUAUCAUACCUGACCAAAAUAUAUGAUCAUAUAUUUCAUAAAUGAAAGGAGAUAUCUCCUAGCACAGAUCUUGACCAACCAGUAUCUAAAUUUAGUGUUAAUACAUCUGUCUAAUGCAUAUUAAGACGUACACCUAGUGCAUGUAUCUGCUAUCAAAUAAUAAAGCAAUGUAGAUUUACCAGCUCUUACAGCUUGACAUAACUUGCUAUCCCGAAGAAGUACUUCUUGAUGCUACAUCAAUCUCUCGGUAAUCAGCAUUUACCUGAAUACGGAUAAACAACCGCAUCGUAUUCAGAAAUGAUUCGAUAUUUAUAAGAUCCUUUUUUUUUUUGCAAGCAUGAUUUUUUUUCGCUUAGUGCAAGAUGGCUGGUUGUCUUUAUGAAUGACAUCUUCAUAUCAAAUCUUGUCAAAUUUAAAUGACAUAUCCAAUUUGGAAAAUUUGACUAGCCAAGAAGUCUGAUUUAGUUGGAACAGCCAGUUCCAGUUAAGCAACCAUCGUUUAAUUAGGUAGUUUUCUGUACAAGAAAUAUUACAAUCCAUAUGAUGAUCACAAAAUUAAACUCUUGUAUUUCCAUAAAUAAUGCUUGCUUGUGUAACUGGCUAGAUUGUUGUUUUGGAUC